AUAUAUAAAUAAGUCAAAUAUAAUUUAAAACAACAAUUAAUAAACAGUGUCUCAUUAUGGAAGUGGAGAGCAAUAUAUGUGAAUAUAAAACAGCUUACACAUUUAACUAAAGUUUCUCCCCUGAGAGAUUAGCCCUGACAAAAUCAUCAGUCAUCAAUGACUCAUUCAAUAACAUGAGUUAAUGUAAAUUGUAAGAUAAGAUAAUGACAUUAAUAAAUCCCCGUUUCCUGUGGUAUGUCGUCAGAUGCCCCAAAAACACAAUGGUAUUAUUGGCAACACUCUAGAUGCGUACACUCGUCUUCUUUUUGUAUUAGCGGAGAUAAAGUUGUGGUCGCUGAUAGUUUGUAGCUCUUAGCUUCUGAUAUUCAAGAAGCCAAUUUUGAGUUUGUGUUUCCACACAAACUAUCUUUGAAACUUGUUUUCUUUUUGUCUAAUAUAUGACAACAUAACAUGCUGUUUAUCUGUAGUUCCUUCAUUAAGCGACUAUCCAUUAUCUGAGCAGUUUGGUUAAUGACAAAUGUAACAUCUUAUAAACAUCUACAUAAACACCUUUAUCUGAGAACCAUGAAGUGUGAUCAAGUGAUCUGGUGUUUGUUUUUAGUCUAUCACACAAGAGGUAAGUGUUCUCUCUACAUCACACAAGAGCUUUUGGUCAGAAUUUAAUAGCUGCCCCGUCUACCAUACUCAAAGGCUUGACUGAAAGAACUUGCAUUGGAAAAUUGUGGGACUGAUGAGCAAUGUAUAUCUUACGGCCAAAGCACGAAGACUAAGACUAAGACUAAGACUGCUUUAUUGAUCCUUACGGAAAUUUGUUGUGAUUACAAGGACUCGUUUCUCAUAUAAAGACAACACAACAGAAAAAUACACAUAAAUACAACAGACAACAUAAAGAGUUCAUUCAGCGACUACACACAGGUAUCUUGGUGCAUUUCAUGUUCCCUGAUCAAUGAGUGGCGGUGAUAGAGUCUGACCGAGUGAGGUACGAACGAGUUUUUGUACCGCUCCGUUCUUGUUUUGAUUGACAGCAGUCGCCCACUUCGCGACGACCUGGCGUAGUUCUGAUGGAGCGGGUGGCCGUUGUCUUCCUGUUCUAGCUGACCAUUUCGCGAUUGGGCAAGCCAGUUCGUGAAACGGCCAGGGAUGAUCAGCCAAAUGCAAUGUCUGCAACUGACAACAUCACCGAGGGUUAUACUGCAAGAUGCUACUGACAAGCUUGUUGUCAACUGUACAUAUGACACUGGAAGUGAUUCAAGCCUGACAUCUUUAACGUCUCUGACAGUAUCUCGUUUGUCUAAUCUUUCCAGCUUCCAGUAUCAAGUCCUCAGUUCUGUUGACUCAUUUACAGGAGUUACAACGUCACAAGAGAACUUGACCAGCGCUGGAUUGAUAGACAAUACUGGACAGUCCUAUCUCACGUUAACCUGGAACAAUCCACUGACCAUAACACAAGGUGAUUAUAAAUGUGAUGCCAUAGGGUUAAAUUCAGCUGGUCAACCUUUGACCUUGUCUUCAACCGUGAAUGUGACGGAUGUGAGUUCAGAGAUUGACCAUUUAAAGGCGGAAAUCGUACAAUUAAGAAACACCAUUGGCUACCUGGAAACACAGUUCCAAACAUUGUUUAGAAAUACGUCAUCAUUCAUGAGCACGUGGUCAGAGAGGAUUAACGGUGCUCAAAAAACUUUGUUUGAGACCUCAGAGAUUUACAACGGUUCUCAAUAUUAUUUAUACAAGGACAGUCCGUCACUCAUACCACUCGUAGCAGAAGCUACGUGCCAGAUCUACGGCGGCCAUCUUGCAGAGCUACAAACCAGCGACGAGUAUGACUACGUCAUUAGUUUCAUAGAAAACUUUUCCUGGGUCAGGUUCCUGCUAGUGGGAGGUUCUCAAUACGGCGAGGCUGGGAACUGGGUGUACCCUCACAGCAAUGAAUCGCUGCACUACUUCCGAUGGGCGGAAGCUUUCCCAUUUUACAACAUGGCCCACGAUUGUUUGAUUCUGUGGGAUGUUUAUAAUUGGAACAUGACCAAUCAAUUGUGCACCAUGGACCAAUCGCAAUGGCCCAUCUACUAUUUAUGUGAAGUGGAAAUAUAAACGUCAUUGUUCUCAUUCAAACUUCCCUAUCGGAAUGUCCAAUACAAGCCAUCCAUGGUGCAUUGAUCUGUGCAAGAAACAAAUGAACUGUGAUGUUGAAACAGCUUCUUAUAAGCAAAUACUUUUUUAAAAGUAAAAGUAAAUAUACAUUUCAAUAUAAAAUAUAUAUAGUUUUGUAAAGGAUGACAUUAUUCUACAUAAAUAAUACAAACUUAAAAUGACAACUAAAACAUUUUCAGCUUCAUGACAAGACUUUUGGUUGAAGACUUUGACAAUUUUUUCAUAGCACUGAUAGUUUUAUUUCACCACUAAACAACGUAAGAAUAGUUUCUAUAGACAAGUAUUGUAACUUGAAAGAUAACAAUUGUUCUAUAUACAAAAUAUGUGUUUGUAUUCAAUGUUUGAUUCUUUAUAGUCAAAAGAUGUACUUCUAAUUACGUUAUACAAUGAAUACAUGACACUUCUUGGUGAAACAGAAUUCUAGUGAGUGUAAUGGUGACAUAUUGGUUGAUAGUCUUUGAUUAUUUUAUUUGGCCUAUGAGGAGGGCUAUAUACAGCGUGAUAGACUCGAUGAAUGAACUUGAUCUCCCAAACACAACGUCACAGUCACUCUAAAAUAAGAAUCCGGAAAGUCCAAAUAGAAACUAAAGACAACAAGUCUAGAAAAUGAAAACAUUUGCUUCGUAGCUUCCGAGUCGUGCCAUUAUAAAGUAUGAAGAAAAGUUUUUGAUUUGAAGUUACUUGUGAUUUUAAUUAAAACUAUUUUCUUUCAUUAAACGCCACUGUAUUACAUAGAAUCAUUGAAUCAUAAAAAGUAAAUGUAUUUUUUGUUUAGCUCUUCAGUUUUGGUGUUUAUUUUCUUUCAAGCCAGCAUCACAUUCAAGCCAAGAACUAAUAGAUUACUCGUUGCCACCAUCCAUUUGAAUGCGCCACUAGAAAUAGCGCUGAAUUAGGAGAUAAUUCAAAUAUCUUAUGUUAAUAACUCAAUCUACAUGCUGGAUAUUAAACUCUAUAAACUUUGUAUCUAAAUACAUUUAUAUUGUAAUUGUCAAUUCAUGAAGAAUAAUGCUAGAACGCUACAGUUUGCAAUGAAAUGAACAUAAAAUAACUUUGAGAAAGAAAAACUUGAUUGUGAUACAUUUUGACUUUGAGUUGGCAAUAUUUUGAUUUAAAUAGACCAGACAGAUUGUUGACUUUAAAAGACUGGAACUAGAAGGGAGAGUAUUUGUCGUACUGCACAUUUACCAAUAGCUUGUUCUAUUAUAUUGCGAUGGACACAUUAAUAUCAAUUUUAGUUCUACUGAGUGGUCUCCCAUUACAAGCACAUUGUAUCCGACUGACUGUCUCCCCAAGCAAGCUAUUGAAUGGACUCACAGAGAAGCUUGAAGUGAACUGUACGUUUCUGGCAGGAAGCGAUCCAAGCCUAUCAUCGCUCACGUCACUAAGUAUCAGGCGAUGGACCAACUCGACGUCACUCCGUGAAGCAGCAACAGUCAGCUCUUUUAAUGGCGUCACUCUGUCCGACAGUGUCACGGCUGUUGGUACUAUAGACAACUCUGGCAUGUCUUUCCUGAACGUGAUAUGGAGUUAUCCGAACUUGACCAACCAGGGUGAAUAUGAAUGUCUAGCAGAUGGCCUUGAUACAACUGGUCAUCCACUGUCCAGAUCUUCUAACUAUAAUGUUACAGGCUUAAACCCGGAGUCUGAACUGCUGGUAGAAGAGAUUUUAAAGCUACGACAGACUAUACACCAUCUCAAUACAGACUUUCUGUCUCUGAAAGAGGAAGUCUCAAUCUUCAUGUCGACCUUGACACACAGAGUGAAUGCAUCACACAGAACAAUGUUUGAAACGUCUGCAGCUUUCAACGGCUCCCAGUACUCUCUCUACUCCAUAGACACUGUUGUGGACAUUGUCCAGGCCCAGGCCACCUGUGAAAUAUAUGGCGGGAACCUGGUAGAAGUCAACAAUGAGAACGAGUUCCACUUCCUGAAGACCUUCAUUGAGGAUGUCUCUGACGCAGCCCUGGUUCUGAUUGGCGGGAACCAGAUAAAUGACGUAGGGAACUGGGUGUAUUCUCACAGCAAUGCUUCCAUUGACUACUUCCGGUGGGCUAAGGAUUAUCCUCUUUUCACCAUGGGCGCCAACUCAAUACGGCGAGGCUGGGAACUGGGUGUACCCUCACAGCAAUGAAUCGCUGCAAUACUUCAGAUGGGCGGAAGCUUUCCCAUUUUACAACAUGGCCCACGAUUGUUUGAUUCUGUGGGAUGUUUAUAAUUGGAACAUGACCAAUCAAUUGUGCACCAUGGACCAAUCGCAAUGGCCCAUCUACUAUUUAUGUGAAGUGGAAAUAUAAACGUCAUUGUUCUCAUUCAAACUUCCCUAGCGGAAUAUCCAAUACAAGCCAUCCAUGGUGCAUUGAUCUGUGCAAGAAACAAAUGAACUAUGAUGUUAAAACAGCUUCUUAUAAGCAAAUAAUUUUUUAAAAGUAAAAGUAAAUAUACAUUUCAAUAUAAAAUAUAAAUAGUUUUGUAAAGGAUGACAUUAUUCUACAUAAAUAAUACAAACUUAAAAUGACAACUAAAACAUUUUCAGCUUCAUGACAAGAUUUUUGGUUGAAGACUUCGACAAUUUUUUUCAUAGCACUGAUAGUUUUUAUUUCACCACUAAACAACGUAAGAAUAGUUUCUAUAGACAAGUAUUGUAACUUUAAAGAUAACAGUUGUUCUAUAUACAAAAUAUGUGUUUGUAUUCAAUGUUUGAUUCUUUAUAGUCAAAAGAUGUAUUUCUAAUUACGUUAUACAAUGAAUACAUGACACUUCUUGGUGAAACAGAAUUCUAGUGAGUGUAAUGGUGACAUAUUGGUUGAUAGUCUUUGAUUAUUUUAUUUGGCCUAUGAGGAGGGCUAUAUACAGCGUGAUAGACUUGAUGAAUGAACUUGAUUUCCCAAACACAACGUCACAGUCACUCUAAAAUAAGAAUCCGGAAAGUCCAAAUAGAAACUAAAGACAACAAGUCUAGAAAAUGAAAACAUUUGCUUCGUAGCUUCCGAGUCGUGCCAUUAUAAAGUAUGAAGAAAAGUUUUUGAUUUGAAGAUGCUUGUGAUUUUAAUUAAAACUAUUUUCUUUCAUUAAACGCCACUGUAUUACAUAGAAUCAUUGAAUCAUAAAAAGUAAAUGUAUUUUUUGUUUAGCUCUUCAGUUUUGGUGUUUAUUUUCUUUCAAGCCAGCAUCACAUUCAAGCCAAGAACUAAUAGAUUACUCGUUGCCACCUUCCAUUUUAAUGCGCCACUUGAAAUAUCGCUGGAUUAGGAGAUAAUUCAAAUAUCUUAUGUUAAUAACUCAAUCUACAUGCUGGAUAUUAAACUCUAUAAACUUUGUAUCUAAAUACAUUUAUAUUGUAAUUGUCAAUCCAUGAAGAAUAAUGCUAGAGUUUGAACACUACAGUUUGCAAUGAAAUGAACAUAAAAUAACUUUGAGAAAGAAAAGCUUGAUUGUGAUACAUUUUGACUUUGAGUUGGCAAUAUUUUGAUUUAAAUAGACCAGGCAGAUUGUUGACUUUAAAAGCCUAGAACUAGAAGGGAAGGUAUUUGUCGUACUGCACAUUUACCUAUAGCUUGUUCUAUUGUAUUGCGAUGGACAAAUUAAUAUCAAUUUUAGUUCUACUGAGUGGUCUCCCAUUACAAGGUAAGUCAUUUGAAAUCAAGGUUAGUUAUUGUCUACGUAUUUUUAAGCGACAGGAGUCCUCAAAUCUUUAGUUUGAUGGCCUUUUAAGGAUAUCGUCAGACACUUCGGCUAAGGUGAUAUCAAAACCAUAUUAUUUGAUGAAUAUAGAACUUAAUGAAGGCUAAUCUUAUCUUAUAUAAUACAGACGUUACUUCCAAAAAAGAAACGUUUGAAACGUCUGCAGCUUUCAACGGCUCCCAGUACUCCUGCUUAUUGGGGCAGGAGAUUGCUAUAGGGUAUCGAAAACAUUCCUAUUAUUGUUUUUAACCCUGAAACAAGUGCCUAUAUUGUAAUUCAAUACAUUUGAACUUGUCGAUAGGAAGCAGAAACUUAUCGUUUUGUGUUUUGUAUUUUUUACUGGGCUCUUGUUGUACAGAACUACAACAAAAAUAAACAAUUAUUUUGUAGUUUAGUAAUAUUUAUAUAAAGGAUAUUGUUAUUUUUGUUAUUUGUUAAAAUAAAUAAAAACAUUGUUAAAAAUUGAACAUUUAUACAGUUUACCUUGUGUAUAGUUCUUGGCCUACAUAUAUUUACGUAUUUAUAAAAAUAGAUAAUAAUGGUGUGGUAAUGAUUUGUUAUAUAUAUUUUUGUGCUAUUUUAAACAUUUCUUUCAUUGUCUCAGCACAUUGUAUCCGACUGACUGUCUCCCCAAGCAAGCUAUUGAAUGGACUCACAGAGAAGCUUGAAGUGAACUGUACGUUUCUGGCAGGAAGCGAUCCAAGCCUAUCAUCGCUCACGUCACUAAGUAUCAGGCGAUGGACCAACUCGACGUCACUCCGUGAAGCAGCAACAGUCAGCUCUUUUAAUGGCGUCACUCUGUCCGACAGUGUCACGGCUGUUGGUACUAUAGACAACUCUGGCAUGUCUUUCCUGAACGUGAUAUGGAGUUAUCCGAACUUGACCAACCAGGGUGAAUAUGAAUGUCUAGCAGAUGGCCUUGAUACAACUGGUCAUCCACUGUCCAGAUCUUCUAACUAUAAUGUUACAGGCUUAAACCCGGAGUCUGAACUGCUGGUAGAAGAGAUUUUAAAGCUACGACAGACUAUACACCAUCUCAAUACAGACUUUCUGUCUCUGAAAGAGGAAGUCUCAAUCUUCAUGUCGACCUUGACACACAGAGUGAAUGCAUCACACAGAACAAUGUUUGAAACGUCUGCAGCUUUCAACGGCUCCCAGUACUCUCUCUACUCCAUAGACACUGUUGUGGACAUUGUCCAGGCCCAGGCCACCUGUGAAAUAUAUGGCGGAAACCUGGUAGAAGUCAACAAUGAGAACGAGUUCCACUUCCUGAAGACCUUCAUUGAGGAUGUCUCUGACGCAGCCCUGGUUCUGAUUGGCGGGAACCAGAUAAAUGACGUAGGGAACUGGGUGUAUCCUCACAGCAAUGCUUCCAUUGACUACUUCCGGUGGGCUAAGGAUUAUCCUCUUUUCACCAUGGGCGCCAACUGUUUGGUUCUUUGGGGCAGCUUUGAAUGGAACAUGACAAACGUCAAUUGUCUGAAUAGUUUCUUAAUGAGAUACAUGUGUGAGAAUGUUCUUGAAUAAUACUUCGGCAGUAAACGUAGACUGAACUCAAAUAUGGAUUUACAUAAAACAUGUAGGCAAAUAACUUGCUUUUAUAUGCAGAAAUAAUUAAACGAUUCGACCAAAUUUAAAACAGAAAUUUAUUUUUAUUUUCUCUUUGUCUCCUAGAAAAUAUCACAAAUAGAAGUAUAUGCUCUCGAAACAAUUUGUAUAACGAUGACAGCCUCGAUUUCAUUUUAACCUUUGAAAUACUUUAUUAUUUCCCAUGUAAUGAUAAGAACUCUUUUUGUCCCCAGUAACAUUAAAACAGGUUUCGCCUUAGUCAAGAAAUGACAUUGUCAAGUUUGUCCCCAGUAAUUACUUACAGGGAGUGGUGGUUGAGCGGUGGUCGGGGGUCCCUGGUUCGAAUCCUGUGA